AUGGCGGGGCUCGCCGACGAGUUCUUCCUCGGCAUCGACGAGGACGGGCCGGGGUCGCUCGGGGAGCCCUCCUACCUCUCCUUCUCCGACGCCUUCGAGGAGGAGGAGCACCACUUCACCCACUCCGACAUCUCCCCCAACUUCGACAUCGAAUCUCAAACCCUAACCCCCGCCCCGGGCUCCCCCUUCUCCUUCGACUCCGACCACGACCUCGACCUGGACCUCAGCCUCGGCCUCGGCCGCCUCUCGCCGUCCUUCCUCCGGAUGCGCAGCCCCUCCCCGGCCCGCUCCCCGCCCUUCUGGGACUGCCUCGAGGAGGACCUCGCCGACGACCUCGCGGACGGCCUCGAGUGGGAGGAGAUCGCCGACGCCGCCGACGCCGACGCCGGAGACGCCUCCGUCCCUGGGGGCGGCGGUGGGGGCGGGGCGGGAGGAGGAGGCGGAGGGGGCGACGCCGAUGCCGACGUGUUCGGCUUCCUCAGCGAGCGGGAGAUCCUGGGCGUCAUGGAGGGGAUCGACAGCGGGGAGGACGAGUCCAUGUUCUCCGACGAGCCGCCCUUUGAUUUCGGCGACGAGGGCCCGGAGCUCGACGACAUAUUCCGGAGCGUCGGCUGGGAGGUGCUGCCGGUGCCGCUGGAUGAAGACGAGUUCGAGGUGCUGCCGGGGCAUAUGGCGGACGUGACGGUGGGGGGCGCGCCACCUGCGGCUCGGGCAGCGGUGGAGCGGCUCCAGGUGGUGGCGAUCAGUGGGGAGGAGGCCGCACAGGGAUGCGCUGUGUGCAAGGACGGGAUCGUGCAGGGGGAGCUCGCCACGUGGCUGCCGUGUGCACACUUCUACCAUGGGGCGUGCAUUGGGCCAUGGCUCGCCAUACGCAACUCAUGCCCGGUGUGCCGUUACGAGCUGCCCACUGAUGACCCUGACUAUGAGCAGCGGCGGGCCAGGCGGCGUUCUGCUGGUGGCUCCACAGCACAGUUGGGCACACCUAUGCAGAUGUGA